CGGAGCAGGAACAGGAGUCGGAGCAGGACUCUGCUGAGUUGCCUGUCUUUACUCUCGCUCAGAGUAGCCGGCGGUAUCCUCCUCUCUCAGCCUAUAUCCGGUCAUACCGUAGCCUAGCGUGACCUGUCCUCCUGGUUGUCCGGACUCUUUACUCUACAUCUGUGUGCGUUUCUUUUGAGAAAUCCACGGACAGAAAGCAUCACGAGGAGCACCAGCGGACAGCCAGCCUCGGCACUGGAGUGCGUUAGUUUAGGGGACAUGGUUUUUGAUCCAAAGGAGUUUGCGAAGACAUGGUUUCAAGCGGACAUAACCAUCCACUAGACGACUCGUGCAUGAUGAGCGAGUCGUAGAGAGAACUCAGCGGAGAGAGAGAGAAAAGCCGUCGAAGUGCUGGAGGAAAACUGACAGACACAAGAGCUGUUCACUCCGCAGCUUUUCUCAAUGCGCCUUAUCGACCAGCCGGGAACAAUGAGCAGUGGCUCUAGCAACUUUCUGCUAGUCCCAAUACCGGAGUACCCUGUUCUAGACUGUGUACCUAAUAAAAACGUCAAAAUAGUCGUUCUCGGAGCGAGUAACGUCGGCAAAACAGCCUUGAUUGUAAGAUUCCUGACCAAGAGAUUCAUUGGAGAUUAUGAAGCAAACACAGUGAGUUCUCUAAGUGCUGGGGAGAUCAAUCACGCAUUACCACUGGGGCAUCUGCAGGCCUCUGAUGGACUUUGGAGAAUCUUGGUUCAAACAUUUGGACUUCAAACCAAGAAUGCAGGAGUGGAGAUAAAGAGGGAUGAUGCGGAGGGUCUGUACUGCCAGGAGCAGAUCAACCGCUCCAUCUACUGGGCCGAUGGCUACGUCCUAGUCUUCUCUAUCACUGACCUGCACAGCUAUAGAACCAUCCAGCCUCUGUAUCAACAUGUGCGCCGCAUCCACCCCAGCGGCAACAUCCCCAUAAUUCUGGUGGGCAACAAGAGUGACCUGCUGCGGGCGAGGCAGGUGCCGGCCCAUGAGGGUGAGGCGCUGGCCGCUGAACUGGGGGGACCUUACUUUGAGGCUUCAGCCCGGGAGAACCAUGAGGGUGUGCAUGCAGCUUUUCUGCACUUAUGCCAGGAGGUGAGUCGUGCACUGGGAGGAGGGAACGGGGAGAAGAGGAGAGGAGGACUACACCUCGCUCGACCUAAGAGCCCUAACAUGCAGGAGCUGAAAAGAAGGUUCCGGCAAGUGCUGUCUUCUAAAGUGAAGUCAGCCACAGCGCUCUGAUGAAGAUGAAGACGGUGAUUAUGGUGAUGAAAAGCCAUAGACUGCAUCAGGGAGCUGAUUCAGAGGCCUGUUCAGAUAUUACUGCCAUCGUCUGUACAGUAUUUGGCUGAGGAGUCAAAAGGUCAAAGUUGGAUCAUUUUACUUAUAGCAGUACAUUGCAGUAGUGGCAUACAUAUACUGUUUGGAAUGUGUUGCUAACUUUCAUCCAAGACACUCUUUCCUUGGAUGGCCACAUAAUGGGAUUAAAAGCAUUGUUCAUAAUAAUGUUAUAAAUAAUGCUAUUUUUAAUAAUUAAUAAGAAUAAUGUAGGCCUGCACAAAAUGGUAAAAAAAAGGAAUAUUGAAAUACUACAUAUUAACUUUAG